ACCAAAGUGUCAUACGCCACUGAAUGUGUCACAAAGGUGCCACGUGGGGGCCACACAGAGGAGGGAGCCCAUGAAAAUGCAUCCUAACCACACUACUCCUCACAUUUCACCUCCAAAUACUGACAACAGAUUUGUUGCCUGCGCCGCUCUCAUCCCUUUAGUCAUUCUCACAUUGGUUGGAUGCGCGACAGCCUUGGUUCUUUAUAUCAAAAGGAGAAUGAGAUUAGAUGAGCUGCGCCACAGACUGAUUCCAGUGUACAGCUACGACCCUGCAGAGGAAGACCAUGCCUGGGACCAUGGUGCACUGGACAGUGAGGAAGAGCUAACUGAACCUCUGUGCAAGGACGGAAGAUCCUCCUAAAUUAACCCUACAGCAUUAAAAAAGAUAAAUCGGAAGAGGAAAAAGGUGAAUUGCGUCAAAGCCCUUAUGGUGAACUAUGCACUGCAUGUGGACAACAAGACUGGGACAAGGGUUGCAAAAACAGGAGUUGGUUUGUGUCAAAGUUGAAGGAAACCUUUUUUGGCAAAAUGUGGGAGUUAAUACAGAGGGGGAGACCAGGACUAAAUUAGCAAUGUCAGCUUUGUCUGUAUAGGAAGCUUAAAUUGCAAUGUUGAAAUUAAAACUCCCACAAGGAACAAUCUACUGCAGUAUACAAACACUGCAGUACCACUGAAAGUUUUGAGCAAUUGUGUCCAGACUUUUCACCGGGACUGCAAUUUAAAGUAUUUUUGUAGUUAGAACAUAGAAAACCUGUUUAUGGCCUUCUAAAUACGGUUUUUAACAUUAUUACAGCCCUCUAGACUUAGAAAUAACACUCCUAUAGUCACCUUUACACUCGCAUUACCUAAUACAGUAAAUCUUAGCAAAGAAAAUAAGACCUAUUCGACAUAAAUAAGAAAACAGACUCGCAUGUUAGCAGUUCCUUGUUUUUUCAACACAUAAAUAAAACUCAUGCUCGUGUAGUUGAGUGAGGGGCGGACAGGAAGUGACGUCAGGGGUUCAGCGUUGAGUUUUAGCCCGGCGUGGGUUACGGCCGCAACAGUAACC